AUGCCAGUUUUUGUGGCUCACACGCUAAGGAGGCACGGUGCCCGCUGCCUCCUGGUGCCCGCCUUGCCCCAUGUUAAAACAUAUGUGCGGGCGCUGGCGAGGGUGGUGGGGCCCACAGCCAUUGUGGCGGCCUCUGAAAUGUAUGGUAAAGUUGUGUUCUUCCUGGCGUCAGAGGCCACCACUCAGGAGGUGGUGGAAAGGGGCCUGGUGGUCCAGAUCCAACUACUGACGGUGGUGUGUGAUGGAGUGGCACUCGAAGGGUCCUUCCUGGUGCCCUACCAGGGGGCCCACUACCGGGUCCAUUAUAUGAUGGGGGAGGCUGGGUGCUUCUUCUGCCAGGUGAUGGGGCACAUCCAGAGCAGUGCUGGGGCUCAGCCCCUUUUUUGCCCAUCUUUGCAGGCCGCGAGGAUCUCUCAGGGGCCCCACCAGAGGACGGCAGUGGAUUGGCUGAAGGAUGAGCUGCACUGCUUCCUAACGGACACCCGUGGCUCGAACGGCAAGGCGUCGGCCUUCCUCGGCACCCUGGAUCCUCACGAGUGCCUAGUCCUGGGCGGGAACUUCAAGACCACUCCUGAGGACUGGGACCGCUCAAGAACCAAGAGGUCCCAGGCCACCGUGGGUAUCCUCAGGGAGAUUGUGGACCAUCACGCCCUGGUGGACGUCUGGCGCGACCAUCACCCGGACGACGAUACCACCUUCACCUAUGUCCGAGUGGAGGACAAUCGGUCGUGCCACUCCCGGUUGAUCCGAAUUUAUUUAUCACGUUUCCAUCUGGCACAGGCCCAUGCCUCCGGCAUCCGGCUGGCCCCGUUCACAGAUCACCAUUUGGUGACUGUGAUGGCCUCUGUCAGUUCAGAGAGGUGGGGCUGGCCUAUUGGCAUUUUAAUAACAGCUUGCUGGAGGACAUGGGCUUUGUGGUGUCCUUCUGGGAAUUCUGGCUGGCCUGGCGGGGGCAGCGGCAUGUCUUUCCCUUGGCAUGGUGGCGGAAACAACCCCCUGGACAGGGCAGGGAAAACAGACCAGAGUGCUGGAGCCUGA